CCGAGCUGGACGUCGGAGCUCGGAGAAACGUCGAGAAGAGUGUGAAUAGGCGUCCCCAACGUCAAGCCCCCCCCCCUCCCCUGUCUCUUCCGGUUCCGUCCCCGCGAGCGUCAUGCUAGUGCCGGAACUUCGUGUCCAUCCACCGCCGGAUGAGCGGGAGCCGGCGGCAGCUCGCGGUUCCGCUCGCGACAACUCCGCGGCGAGCUCGGCCCGACCGUCACCUCACCAGAGCCGGCGCGGCACGCUCGACAGCGUGGAGCUGGUCGAGCGGUACCACUUUGCGAAGAACCCGAACAGGAGCGGAUCCCAUUCGCCCAGCCUGUACGAGUCGAGGCGGCGCCUGUCGAGCUUUGGUGCCCAGAAGCGCGCCUUUCUCGAGCUGAUCCGCAAGCAGGGCAGCCGGCUGUCGCUCGCCCGCAAGUUCUCGGAGGUGUCGAACAAGACGGACGAGCUGAGCCGCGAGCAUCGGAAGCAGCAGCGGGACAGCAUCCUUGCGAGGAACCAGCUCGGGCUGGCCCUGUCCGCCCUGUACGCGAAGCUGCUGAUAGUGAUGGGCAUCACGCUCCCGCUGACCGAGCUGGUGGCGCGCGAAGCACCGCCCAACUUCCACCAGCCCUUCUACCUCUACCUGUACGGGGUGUCGAUCCUGUUCUGCAGCUUUCUGUUCGUGGCGCGCUGGCGCCGCGCCGCCCAGCUUGAGUUCCUGUCCCAGUGUCCAGCAGGUGCGGAUAGGUCUGCAGCAGGUGGGACGGCCCGGCCGGCCCCAACACCGCACAGUGGCUCGUUCUACCUGCGCAUCGGUGCGAUUGCGUUCGGCAUCGGCAGCCUGGUCUACUCUGCCCUAGAUUUCGGCCAGUACUUCGAGCUCGAUGCGGACGAUGGGUGUCGCAAUUUCCUGGUCGCCCUGAUGCCCGCCGCCCGGAUGCUGCUGUGCGUGGUCCAGAUGCAGUUCAUCAUCGUGAGCGGGCAGGACUUCGGGCUCGCCCGGCACGCGUUCGUCUCCCGCUUCGGUCUGAUGCACAUGCUGGCGACGAACGUGUGCGAGUGGCUGUACGUGCUGAUCGAGGAGGCGAAGCAUGAAAUCGUGCCCAUCGACCACAGCCUGCAGCCAAACCGGACCGACCACCAGGAUGACCCAGCACAACAUCGAUUGGGCUGGGCCGCAGGAUCAAAGGAACCGUGCCGCAGCACGCACAUCAUGAGCACGCUCGUCCACAAUGCCGCCCCGUUCCUCUUCCCCUGCACCAUCGAGUACUCGCUGAUCUGUGCGCUGACGCUGUACGAGCUGUGGCGCGCGCUGAACCGCACGCUGACAGCGACGGCGGCCGGCCCGCGCAAACCGUCCAUCGCCGCGCCCGACCGCCGCACGGUGACCGGCCGGCCCGCCAACCGGCUCUCGAUCGACUGCUCCAGCGCCCAGCGCGGCCUGUUCGGCGGCAUCGUCACGCUCGUGCUCACGCUGAUCGUGCUGAUCAUGUACUUUGUGCUGCGCCGGGAGCGGCAGCUGCGGCACGCGGCCACGCUCGAGAUCGUCGCGUACGAGAUCGCGCUCUACUCGGUGACGCUCGGCGCGGUCGUCGCGGCGAUGCUGCGGAUGCGCGAUCUGCGCGUCCUGGCCCCGCGGGGCAGCCAGCGGACGAUGCCGCUCGACUGCCACCUGCUGCUGGUGACGCAGACCGGCAUCUACAUCUACGGCGUGUUCUCCAUCAUCGGCACGUACCACACGCACGGCCAGCUGCUGCACUGGGCGGUGCUGUCGGAGGUGCUGGCGCUGGCGCAAACCUCGCUCCAGACGCUGUUCGUGCUCAGCAGCUGGUGGCGCCGGUGCAAGGGCGCCCGCCAGAACCGCGCCAAGCCGGGGCGGGAGCUCGUCACCUUCCUGCUGGUGGCCAACCUGGCCGCCUGGCUGGUGAACUCGCUGGUGAAGAGCAACGCCAGCUUCCGGCCGCUCGUGAUGGGCUUUUACGGGGCGGGCGCGUGGGCCAUCAUCGCGCACAUCUCGAUGCCGCUCGCCAUCUUCUACCGGUUCCACUCGACGAUCUGCCUGUUCGAGAUCUGGAAGAACAGCUACAAGGCCCGGUACACGGAGGGCUGAUCCCGCCAGCACCUCAAAUCGCACCUCACCGUAGUGUAAAUAAGUGACGGGCAAGCAGUGUUACGCAUAUCUGACUAAUAGUGCAAUAAACGUGAGCAAUACUACACACUUUAAA